AUUUUUUUUUGUAGAAAGCAAAAGACACCGUAGUGAAGUGAAUAAUUCUUCUUCUGCUCGGUGGCGUUGUGGGAAUGGGAGAGAGUAAGACGACGACAGGAGAGGGCUUCGGGUUUUACAAGGAAUAUGUCGCCGGAAUGAUGGCUGGUCUCGCCACUGUCGCCGUCGGCCACCCUUUCGACACCGUCAAGGUGAAACUUCAGAAACAUAAUACAGAUGUGCAAGGGCUCAGAUACAAAAAUGGGCUGCAUUGUGCUUCGAGGAUCUUGCAAACUGAAGGAGUAUAUUUUCACUGCACUCUUUUUGUUAUGUUUUCAAGACUUUAGCAUCCUGCAAACAGUUUUAGUUAUUGAAAGUCUGGAUUUUUCAGUGUCAAUGGAAUCUUACUAGAUCCAUCAUCACCUGUUUGGCCAGAUACAAGGGUUUUUUUUUUGCUGACUUGAAUUCAUAUUUAGGUCAAAGGACUUUAUAGGGGAGCAACAUCGUCGUUUAUGGGAAUGGCUUUUGAAAGUUCAUUGAUGUUUGGCAUAUACUCCCAGGCUAAGCUGUUCUUGCGGGGAACUUUGCCAGAUGAUGGGCCACGACCAGAGAUAAUUGUUCCGUCUGCUAUGUUUGGUGGAGCUAUCAUUAGUUUUGUGUUAUGUCCAACAGAGCUAGUAAAGUGUAGAAUGCAGAUCCAAGGAACGGAUUCUCUGGUUCCUAACUUCCGUAGAUACAACAGUCCUCUUGAUUGUGCCGUUCAGACCGUUAAAAAUGAUGGGGUAACAGGUAUCUUUCGUGGUGGUUCGGCAACCUUAUUAAGAGAAUGUACGGGAAAUGCUGUCUUUUUUACUGUCUAUGAGUACUUACGGUAUCAUAUCCACUCGAGAUUGGAGGAUUCUAAGCUGAAAGAUGGUUACUUGGUUGACAUGGGGAUAGGAGUUCUCACUGGUGGUCUUGGAGGCAUAGCUUGCUGGUCAGCUGUUUUGCCUUUUGAUGUAGCAAAAACCAUAAUCCAGACCUCUUCAGAGAAAGCUACAGAGAGAAAUCCUUUUAAAGUGUUGAGCUCGAUUCACAAGAGGGCAGGACUCAAGGGAUGCUAUGCAGGUUUGGGUCCAACCAUUGUGAGAGCAUUCCCUGCUAAUGCAGCAGCAAUUGUUGCUUGGGAGUUCUCAAUGAAAAUGUUGGGAAUCAAACGUGACUAG